GGCAUUGCAUGAGGCAGAUGAUAGGGGCGAGGAUCAAGGGAGCAAGCAGUCUUAUUCCUCCCAUCAACUCCCCCGCCACUCUGGGACGUGUAUGGGUGGCGGCUGCCAAGAGGGAUCGGUGCACCAAUUCCCAUGGGACCGACAAGGAUGGGGGCGGGGAUGUGACCCACAUCAUCCCAGUAGAGUCGCAUGACUGUUGGGUUCCGCACCCAGUGAGUGGCAUGUUCGUGCCGCCGGGUGCCCUGGCGGUCAAAGGCGGUUCAGGAAAUGUGACCAUCAGGCAUGACCCUUCUGUUUCCAAAGUCUGGGUUCGAAGCACUGAGACCAUGGAAGAUAAAGACUACAGCUACUAGAGCGUGUUCACAUGGUGUGUGGUAUAUGCAGCCUCAUAAAGAGUACUUUGCAGUGUUCUCUCUUGACUUACCAAACUAAAUAAGGAUCAUGGUAUAUGUAUAUGUAGAAGAAGCUGUUAAGCUGAUCUUGUUAUGGAAGAUGAUAUGUACAAUAAUGAAUUUUUGUA